GCUUCAUUUCAUUCUGCAUCUAUUUCCGCGUAGUUAGCAUGUUAGCAUUACGCUACCCGUUCCCUGGAAACAAGUUGACUUCAGUGAAUUUAUUCCACCUCUCGUCGUCCUUUUCCUCUUCGGGGUGUGUUUGAAAAAAAAGAAGAAAGACUGAGAAUAUUUUUGGGACACAGCGCGGUGUCAGGUCUGGUCCAGGGUCGUUGAACAUUUCAUGCACAAAGUAAAGAGGCUGAAAAUUGACGACAAAACAGAAGACGGCCAGAAAAGGGGCAGGGACACACUGGCAGGGAUGAUGGGGGUGGACGAGCUGUCCGACAGCACAGAGGUGGUGGAGAUGGAGGACGUGAAUCCCACGCAGUUCCAGGUGGAGAAGCACACGUGGGACGGCCUGAGGAAGAUCAUCCACAACAGCCGCAAGAACACAGGCGUGGUCAUCAGCAAGGCGCCGCAUGAAUUCCAGUUCAUCCAGAAGGACGAGGACAGCCCGCACUCCCACCGCAUCUACUACCUCGGAAUGCCUUACAGCAGCAGGGAAAACGCUUUACUCUACUCAGACAUUCCCAAGAAGAUACGCAAAGAUGCUUUGUUGGUUCUGUCAUGGAAACCGCUGCUGGACCACUUUCAGGCCAGCCCUCACCACGGGGCCAUCUCACGGGAGGAGGAGCUGCUGCGGGAGAGGAAACGUCUGGGAGUCACCGGCAUCACCUCGUAUGAUUACCACCGACCCAGCGGACUCUUUCUGUUUCAGGCUAACAGCAGUCUGUACUACUGCCGUGACGGUGGAAACAAAAGCUUUAUUACGUCUCCUAUGGAGCCGGUCGAGAUAAAGAGCCAGAGUUCAGGCACACGCAUGGACCCCAAGAUCUGCCCCGCGGACCCCAACUUUGUCGGCUUCAUCAACAACAACGACAUCUGGGUGACGAGCAUCGAGACGGGGGAAGAGAGGAGGCUCACGUUCUGUCAUAAAGGUAUUGAUAACCCCAAAGAUGACCCCAAAUCUGCCGGGAUAGCCACAUUUGUCACGCAAGAGGAGUUUGAUCGCUUCACUGGAUACUGGUGGUCGCCUGCUGCUCUAGAAGAAUCAGACGGCGGUAAAACUCUGCAGAUUCUGUACGAGGAAGUAGACGAGUCUGAAGUAGAGAUCAUUCAUGUUCCAUCUCCGGCUCUGGAGGAGCGUAAGACAGACAUCUACAGAUACCCGCGAGCAGGCAGCAAGAAUCCUGAAAUUUCUCUCAAAAUAGCAGAAAUCAGGACAGACAAUCUCGGCAAAAUCGUCGGCACACUGGAAAAGGUGCUGCCUGUUCCCUUCACCACUUUGUUCCCUGCUGCUGAAUACAUCACCAGAGCCGGGUGGACCAGAGACGGACGAUACGCGUGGGUGGUCAUGAUGGAGCGACGGCAGCAGCGCCUCCAGCUGGCUCUGAUUCCUCCAGCGCUCUUCAUCCCCGCACAUCAGGACGAGGCCAGCAGGCAGGAGAGUCUGGCGGCUCUGGGAGACGCCAUCCAUCCUUUUAUCAUUUACCAGGAGACCAGCGACGUCUGGAUCAACGUCCAUGACAUCUUUUAUCCCUUCAUCCAAACCAGCGAUGAUGAGAUCACCUUCAUCAUAGUGAAUGAAUCAAAAACAGGUUUCUGUCAUCUGUAUAAGAUCACCUCAGUGUUACAGCCCGGAUCCUACGACUGGACUAAAGGCUACACACACUCUGAAGGUGAUUUCAAGUGUGCGGUCAAAGAGGAGGUGACGAUAACCAGCGGGGACUGGGAGGUGCUGGCCAAUCACGGAGCGAAGCGUUUGUCGACUCCUCAGAUCUGGGUGGACGAGACGGCGAAGCUGGUCUACUUCCAGGGAACCAAAGACUCUCCUCUUGAACAUCACCUCUAUGUCGUCAACUACGACUCGCCGGGGGAAAUAGUCCGACUCACCAAACCCGGCUUCUCCCACAGCUGCUCAGUGAGCCAGACCUUCGACAUGUUCAUCAGCCAUUACAGCAGUUUGAACACAUCGCCCUGCGUUCACAUCUACAAGCUGAACGACACAGACGGAGACCCGCUACACAAAGAGCCGCAGUUCUGGGCCAGCAUGAUGGAGUCCUCUGGUUUCCAGUACGACCGCACGCCUCCAGAGAUCUUCAGCUUCACAGGGAAGUCCGGGUUCGAGUUGUACGGUAUGUUGUACAAACCUCACAACCUGACGCCCGGCAGGAAGCAUCCCACCGUCGUCUUUGUGUACGGUGGUCCGCAGGUUCAGCUGGUGAAUAACUCGUAUAAAGGACUGAAGUAUCUGCGUCUCAGCACGCUGGCGUCUCUGGGCUACGCUGUGCUGAUCAUCGACGGGCGGGGAUCCUGUCAGCGGGGAUUAAAGUUUGAAGGAGCAGUGAAGGACAGAAUGGGUCAGGCGGAGAUUGAAGACCAGGUGGAGGGUUUGCACUACAUAGCUGACAAGUACAAGUUUGUGGAUCUGACUCGAGUUGCCAUCCACGGCUGGUCGUACGGAGGCUUCCUCUCCUUAAUGGGCCUCAUCCACAGACCCGACAUCUUUAAGGUUGCGAUCGCAGGAGCUCCCGUGACGUUGUGGAUGGCCUACGACACCGGCUACACGGAGCGAUAUUUGGACACUCCUGAGAAAAACCAGAAGGGAUACGAGAAUUGUUCUGUCGCCCUGCAUGUCGACAAACUCCCCAAUGAGCCGAACAGGUUGCUGAUCCUUCACGGGUUUCUAGAUGAGAACGUGCAUUUUUUCCACACUAACUUCUUGGUGUCUCAGCUGAUCCGGGCUGGGAAGCCGUACAGCCUGCAGGUUUACCCCAACGAGCGACACAGCAUCCGAUGUCCCGAGUCUGGAGAACAUUAUGAGAUUACGUUGCUGCACUUCCUCCAAGAGAACCUCUGAUAAGCUUUCCUCCACACUGAGCCUUCUCCUCCUCCUCCUCCUCCUCCUCCUCUCUGCCAGGCUCUCACUGUUUCCUCCAUUUAUUCAAACCUGCAUCUCUUUUUACUUUCACUUGAUUUUAUGAUCAGUUUAACUCAAGCUAUGCCAAACCUCAUCACGCCUGAAGUGCUGGUUAUCAGUCGUAGAGAACAGUUAAAGAUGGUGUUUCAAGUCUUGUGGUUUUUACAUGUUGUUUGGAGAGUGGAGAGAGUCAGCUGGAUGCUUUAAUCCCUGAAACAAGCAGAGGGCGCUGUGCAGCCACAUCAAGCUCUCUGAGGCUGAGAAAAGACGGUAGAAUAAAAAAGUAUAAACGUGAUGAUAACGGCGCCGAUGCUUCAAACGCUGCUCAAAAUAUAUCUGCAAUGCAAAAAGUUCAAACCUGCCGUGCUCAGGAGACUGUUCUCUUCCCGUCACGUGCCACUCCUGCUUCUUUCUUACUCAGCUCUCUCGCGUCGUCUCUCUCUCUCUCUCUCUCGGACCCGACUGAUCGACUUCUCGUGUUUCUGUCUGUUUAAAAAAAACACUGGAGUGAAAAUCAUGAAUAUGAAGCUCGAUGAAAACAAACAAGCAAACUCUUUUUGUCGUAUACUCUCGUUGUGCAAUCAUGGAUGACUUUUUAUGUGCUGCGCCACUCUUCAGUGUACCUAUAAGAAGAAAAGAAAAAAAACACGCCAUAUUUUUAUUGAAACAUAUUUUUAUGGACUCUUAUGCAUUCUUAAAGAGAAGACAUAUGUAGCGACCUGUCGUGUGUCACUGGCUUGCUUGCUUUAGUUUCCCGUGAAGCUUCUUUUCCUGCUGCUGAUGCCUUUUUGCACGCGUUACAUAUUUGCCUUGGUGCCAACAAAAGAGCCUGUGACAUGACGUGUGACACAGCUGUUGGCGGUCCGAGGUGCCUUGUGAGAGUGUGAGAGUGCUCGCUCGUAAAGCUGAUAUCAGGGAAUCUGUCCGAGGACCUUCGACGAUAUAAUGCCUUGUCACCUGUGUGUCCUGAUGAGCUCUCAUCACCUGUACGUGGUCUAAUGUGUCUCAGAUGUUGAAGAAAUAAACAGAUGUGAACUUUCUCUUUUAAA